CAGAGUGCGUACGUAUAAUUCCAAAGAGGGGAAUGAGGAAAGUCAUGGCAUCAAGAGACCCUUCCCACCACUCUCUUUCUGAAACAAUUCAUUCCUUACUAGGACUGAAGUCACAUCUCACUUCCACCUGGGUUCAAUCUGUUUGUGAUAUAAUAACAAACCUACCUCCUCACUGUCCUCAACCUCAAGGACAACCCACCGACUUAACAACAACAAAUCUCGAGACAGACACUUCUUCAGACGCUGCCUCAAAAAUUAGAGAUGAACUUGCUAUCUUGACUGCCCACAUGAAUGAAUUUAACAAACGGAGAAGGCAGGUUCUAAAUGAAUUUCUAAAUUUGAAAGGUAAUAUUAGAGUGCUUUGUCGUAUAAGACCCAUUGCAAUAGGGGAGAACUUCGGCCGCUUUAGGCCUGUUGUAGCAUUGGAUUCAAGUAAUGUUCUUCUAAGACUUACUGACAGUAAGAAUAAAAGUUACAGUUUCGACAAUGUUUUCCGCCCCGGCUCAUCACAAGACGAAGUCUUUUCAGAAGUUGAGCCAGUCAUCAAAUCCGCACUUGACGGCUACAAUGCAUGCAUAUUCGCUUAUGGACAGACAGGCACAGGGAAAACCUUCACCAUGGAAGGAACUCCAGAAUUUCCCGGAGUGGUGCCCCGUGCAAUUGAAGCACUGUUUAGGCAAGCAGUUGAUAGCAACCAUGUGUUUCUAUUCAGUUUCAGUAUGCUUGAGAUUUACAUGGGAAAUCUCAGAGACCUGCUAAUUUCUCAUCCAACAAAGGCAAUGGAUCCUCUGCCUCCCUGCCUAUCAAUCCAAUCAGAUCCAAAUGGUGGGAUUGAAAUUGAAAACCUUGUGGCUAUUCAAGUGAGUGACUUCAACCAAGCUUUGAAACUAUAUAAACUAGGGUGCCGGUUCAGGUCAACUGCAUCAACAAAUUGUAACAGUACUUCCAGCAGAUCACACUGCUUGAUUCGCAUAUCAAUCACAUGUAGUGGAGCACCUGAGAGGCGAAGGGAAACAAAUAAAGUUUGGUUUGUUGAUCUUGGAGGAAGCGAGCGUUUGUUGAAAACAAAGGCAUGGGGUAGAAGACUAGAAGAAGGAAAGGCCAUUAACUUGUCACUUUCCUCUCUUGGAGAUGUCAUCAGUGCCCUUCAAAAUAGAAAAAGCCAUGUACCUUAUAGGAAUAGCAAGCUGACGCAGGUUCUUAAGGAUUCCCUUGGACAGGACUCAAAAACUCUAAUGCUUGUCCAUAUCAGUCCUAAUGAAGAAGAUCUCUGUGAAACAGUGUGUUCUUUGAAUUUUGCGACUAGGGUGAGAAGCGUUCAUCUAGGGAAAACAGAUUCGACUGUAGAAAGGGAGAAGGAAGUUGCAAUGAUCGAUCUGCAACAAAAGAUUAAACUGAUUGAAGCUGAGCGCCAAGAAGCUAGAACGAGUAUCAAGAAGUUGACUGAGGAAUUGGAUAAAUUAACAGGGACAUCCCCAUCUUUCGGUGAGCAACUGGAUGCUUACCAUUUAUAUAAAUAUAACGAACGGCCCCAACCUAAUCUUGAAAUUAGUAGGAACAAGACUAGAAAUAUUGCAGCAGCUCCAUUAUCGCAGGUACCAAGGUUUAUGAGGCCUACUGUUUGCAGUCGAAGAAAAUCUGGACUGGAACACCUAACUUCUGAAGAAACAGUGAGAGUUCCUGCAAAAAGGAGAAGGCCAAUGGACCAUCAUGCGAAUUCUGUGAAUUUCCCCUUAAAGGGUACUUCAGAAAGCAACUCAGAAUGCAGUAUUUCCAGAAAUAGCUGUUUAGUGGCUUUGAAGGUGAAAAGUAGUGCAGAUUGUGAAACAGAAUACAGUCAGGAUCUAUCAGAGUCCGAUACUAAAGAGGUUGUGCUACCAGGACAGGAAGCAUCACCUAAACCCUAUGUUGAUAAGUGGUUACUCUUAAAUAACAAUGCAAAUGUUACCAGGAGUCACUUUCACAGGAACAAAUGGAUUCCAGCCAUUCCUACCCCAGAGAAGAAACAUAUAUGUAAUGGACAGAAAGAAACAGACAAUUUGCAAGAUAAGAAAGUCCAUAAUUACAAGUUUGCAACGAAACAGAUUAUCAACCACAACAAAUUGGAGAAGCAUGCUUGUGUGGAGGGAUCUCAGAGGUCCGUGCAAGAAGUGGUUAUUAAUAAAACUCCCACAAAUUUGAAGGAUUAUGACAGUAUUUCCUCAAGAUGUAACUAUAUAAAAGAUAAACUUGAUGGCAUGCCAAUGGAGAAACACAUAUGCAACACUAUAUAUCCAUCUGAUAUUUGGUGCAGCAGUUCUCAUUUGAAUCAAGAUGAUAAUGGGGUCCACGCUUCAUCCACAACGCAGGCACUACUUGGUGAAACAGAAUGCUCAGACAGUUCCUUGUCAGGUGAUAGUAAUUGGUGCCAAAUUUCUACCACCAAUUCAGCUUAUAGCGUUUUGGACUCAAGAAAAGAGUCUAGUAUCUCAGUUUUGAGAAUAGAACUAAAGUCAUGCUGUCAACAAUUGUGUACCGCAAUAUGUGAGGAAGAUUGUGGAAAAGAAGACUCGGACACGCUAUUUAAGAGGUCUGCUGAAGGGAUAAGACCGGGCCUAGGAAAAAUGAGAUGUCAAAGAGCUUUAUUUAUGGAAAAUGCAACUCCAAAGGAACCAACCAAGCCACAACAACUCAUAAAGUCACAAGAAGAUGAUAUGAACUCAGGAAUAUGCCACCAUCUUAAACAGAAAAUUCAAAUUUUGUGGAUCAGUACUCUUCUAGGGUUAGGAUUACGAAAUUUGGGACUAGAGCAGGAAUUCUUCCUUGGCUUAAUGCUUUGAAGCAGCUGCAGUAGGUGACUAUAUACUCAAGUCUUCAUAUGCAAGUUCUGAUGAUUAUCCUAUGAAAUAAAGCGAUAUUCCAUUCAUGUAAAAAUGUGCAUUGAAAAUUCAUAUCACAAAUGUGUACAAAUUAAAUAACUCAAAUUAUCUUUGUGAAGCACUUUCAGUUUCAAGUUCA